UUAAUACCUUGAAAUCGAACAGAUAACAGUGUGUUUCAGUGAUUGUUUGAUGUGAAUAAAACUUAGAUAUUUUGUAAAAUGUGUGAAAAAGUAUUGAAGAUAAUUUAAGGACUUAUAAAAUUCAUCAAAUAAUGCGAUGUUGAGUCGUGGAAACACCAACAAAAAAUGUACAAACAAAUUUCCAUAUUUUUAAUCGUGGUCACAUUUUUUGUUCAAAACAUGGCAGGUGUAUGUAUACAGGGACACGUGGAAUAUGGAAAAUUUAGUUAUACUUGUGGACAAUUGGACACUAUGAACAAUUUACUUCUACCAAUAAAAUUAACCGCCGAUGAGAUUGACGCAACAGAAUCGAAUAAGCUUCGACUUGAUUGCCACGAACAUAAUAAAAUUAACGAUUAUCAAGACUUCAAAACCAUCAACAAAUUUUCAGUUCAAAAUUUGACGACAUUACACAUUGUGUAUUGUCCAGUUAAUGCGAAUUUCACAUUUACAAAUUUUCUAAAUAUAUUUAAUGUUUCUACAGUUAGCAAAAUUUUUUAUGAAAGUACUAAAGCUACAAAUGUGACCUUGAUAAAUGGUGAUUUCUUCGAAUCGAUGGAAAAUUUAACCGAACUUACAAUCAAAGUAACUUCAGAUACAUACAUCCAUUCAGACUUAUUAAAAAAUUUGAAAAAUUUACGGGUAUUAAUUGUACAUGACGGUCAUAUAAAAUUUACAACAAAUUUUUUCGAAAAUACACCCCAUCUUCAAGUUAUUGAAUUUUCAUCAAGUAAUGGCCAAUAUUUACCCCAAAAUUUAUUCGAGAAUCUCCAUAAUUUGAUAAAUCUUCAAUUAUUUAAAAAUAAUCAUAUCGAAUAUUUACCAGAUUUAUUAUUUCGAGAUGCAAAGAAUUUAUUGAAGUUGAAUUUAAGUGGUAAUCGAAUUAGAAAUAUUUCAGAAAAUUUAUUUAAAUCGUUGGGUAAAUUAGAAGGUCUUGAUUUAAGUGGGAAUCAAAUUUCAUCCAUUUCCGAUAUUUUUGUGAAUCAAAAGAAUUUAAAAAUCUUAUAUAUAACACAUAAUUCAUUAACAACAUUAAAAAGUGACGUAUUCAAACGAUUAACGCAUUUGGAAACAUUGGCUUUAGAAUAUAAUCAAUUGUCAUUUGAAUACUCGAAUCCAUUCAACCAUGUACGGGACCUUAGAGUUUUGGAUCUGUCACACAAUAAUAUUACGUCGAUUUUACAUACUUGGAAAAUCGUAUUGACAAAAUUAACAAAACUUAAUUUAGCUUACAACCAAAUUAAAUCCGUUGGGUUUCGAGAUAUAUUUUUUGGUCGUCAAUCGCAUUCAACUAAACUCGAUUUAUCGAAUAAUUUAAUCGAAGUUAUUGACUUUUCUGAAUCUGAUAUUGAAAGUAAAAGCUUGUAUAUUGAUGAAAUAGAAAUAUCGAAUAAUCCAAUAAAUUGUAACUGCAAGAUUCAUAAUUUAGUACGAUAUUUCAAAAAAGAUGAAAAAAUAGCCGAGGUACACAACGUGUUUAAAUUAAUAGCCAGCGAUUUAAAGUGUGCCGGACCAAAAAAAUUCCAAGAUCAUGAUGUAAGAGAAUUAGAAGUGAAAGAUCUUUCUUGUCCCAUCUCAUCUAAAGAUAAUUGCCCACAAAAAUGCAACUGUCAUGUUACAAAAUUUGAUCACUCAACAAUUGUGAACUGUUCAAAUAGUAAUUUAACAAGAAUCCCAUCAAAAUUACCCCAAAAUAAUUUUUAUCCAAACAUCAAAUUAUAUCUUGACAAUAAUAAUUUGGGUAGCUUUGAUAUCAACGAAACUUUCGCCAAUCAUAGUGGUUAUCAAAAUGUUCGAGAAUUGUACAUCCAAAAUAAUCGAUUAUCUGAGAUAACAUGGCUUCCAAAUCAGCUACGUGUUAUCAAAUUACAUUCCAAUCGUUUAGAGCAAAUUAAUAUCACGAUACUGCAAAAUUUACCAAAUUUAACAAAUUUAACGUUGCAUCAAAAUCCAUGGAUGUGUGAAUGCAACGACUUCACGACGAAUCUAAAGAAUUAUAUCCAGGAAAAUUAUACCAUUUUCGAAAAAAAACACCUCACACAAAUUUUAUGUGAUACGACACCAUUUACAGCGAUUAAUGAUUUAUGCGCAAGGCAGAAACUUUGGAUUACCAUGGCCAUUUCAAUUUUAACGGCAACGGCUACCACGGCACUACUUAUUGUUGUGUUUUAUAAAUAUGAGAUUGCAAUUCGAGUUUGGUGUUACAAGCAUAAAGUACUAUUAUGGUGGGUUUACGAAAAAGAAAAUGAUAACGAUAAGAAUAAAAAAUAUGAUGCGUUUGUGUGUCAUGCGCAUCAAGAUGAAGACUUUGUGACGCAACAAUUAAUACCAAAUUUAGAAGAAUGUGAAAGUCCAUUUAAAUUGUGCGUACAUUCGAGAGAUUGGUUAGCAGGACGGACGAUACCUGAUCAAAUUGCACGAACUAUUUUGGAAUCAAGACGGGUGUUAGUUUUGUUGUCACCGCAUUUAUUGGAAAGUUCUUGGGCACUACAGGAAUUUCGUGUUGCUCACAAGAAUGCAUUAGACGAACGUCGAUCACGUGUCAUCGUUAUAAAAUUAGCCGAAGUGGAUGAAAAGAAACUUGAUCCAGAAUUAAAAGAUUAUUUAAAAUUAAAUACGUACAUUGAAUGGGGCCAUAGCCGUUUUUGGGAUAAUUUACGUUAUGCGUUACCGCAUCAAAAACCGCUAAGUAGACGUGAGGAAAUACUUUCACAACAGAUAACACAAGCGCUACUCAAAGAUACCACUAACGAUAGUAAUCAAUUCGAAUUACCAACAACACAACCAAUUUCGGUGAAUCAACAGACUUCUGGGAUACCACAAGUAACGGCAAGGGAUAAUACUAAAGAUCCGUUAAUGCAUGACUUGUUAGAUAAUUUGCAGAUUGUUCAGAACAAAAAUUCAAAUAGAAAUAUUGCUUGACGUUAAUCGGAAAAUAUUAGGUCAAUAAGCGGGUACUUUUUUCCAACAUUGCAGAAAUUUUUGUUGUUGUUGGAAUAUGUUCAGGUGUUUUCCCCGAAUGUAAACCCAAGUAAGCAGGAGGGACGGUGCACGAGCUUCGUUUUAUCAAAUAUCUCGUGAACCGUGAUCGUAAGAUAAAAAUAGUAGAAGGAAUAUUUUUCUGUGUAUAAAAAUUCUAGCAAAAAUUGUAUAAAUAAUUUGGGUUUCAAAAUGUUUGGAGUCAUGAGCGUAUUUAGCUUAUAUUCUAAGGGGGGGGAACAUGAGUUUUUGGUGUAUAUGAAGGCAAAUCUGAAAAUUUUUAGCGAAAGUUUUAUAAAUCUAACAGUAAAAUCGCAUAAACAUUUAACCAAAUUAAUCUAUCAUCCCCUCUCGGUUUGCCGCUGGUUGGGGUCACUGGAAACUUGCGCAUUUAAUCUUAACACAUGUAUUUCGCCUCGUUUUCCUCCUUUUAUCCGUUUGCUCUAGUCCCCUGCAUAUGUAGACAGUACGUAAAAAUUCGAUGAAUUCGACAAAAUAUACAAUAUUCUCUAAAUGGCCGAGUGGCCUAAGGCGUAAGUCUUAGAACGUUGGACUAUUUAAACUUAGGUUGCGGGUUCGAAUCCAGGCAGCGGUAGUGUGAACAAUUUGUAAUUAAUGGGAAUGCAGAAUUGAUCACAUUGUCGUCGCUUGGAUAAGAACGAAGU